AUGUGGUUCGGGUUCGACUGGCCCGACUACCCCGUCGCUCCAAUCCCUACUUUUUGACCUGCAAUCGUAGUUAUUAUGCCCAUUGUGAAUCGCAGUUCUUAAAGUCGCACUGCUUGAAAUCGCUACUUCCUGGACUUGGGAAAAAGAGGAAGCCUAUAGUGUUCCGCCGAUCUCUUUCUCUCCCUCUCUGCGUGUGCUGUAGGUGUAAGCAGUUGGCUGCCCUUGGAUUUUUAGUUUCUUUGCAGAUGGCAUUGGUUGUAAUCUGUGGCCAACCUUGUAGUGGAAAGUCAAGAGCUGCAGCCUGCCUAGCUGAAGCUCUUCAAGAAACUGAAUCUAAGCCAGCAGUUAGAAUCAUUAAUGAAUCUUCUUUUCAUCUUGAUCGUAACCAAAGCUAUGCUGACAUGAUAGCCGAAAAGAAUUUAAGGGGGGUACUGAGAUCAGAAGUUGAUAGAUCUUUGUCAAAAGAUGACAUUAUCAUAGUGGAUUCUUUAAACAGCAUAAAGGGUUACAGGUACGAGCUAUGGUGUUUGGCUCGUGCAGCUGGAAUUAGAUAUUGUGUUCUUCAUUGUGAUGUCGAAGAGGCCUACUGUCGAAAAUGGAACGAAGAACGUAGGGAAAAAUUGGAGUCUGCUUAUGAUGAUAAGAUAAUUGAAGAUCUUUUAAGGAGGUUUGAGAGGCCAGACAGCAGAAAUCGUUGGGAUUCUCCAUUGUUCGAGUUAUGGCCUUCAAGAGAUGGGAUUGAAAAAUCCUCUGCUGCUAUAGUAGAUGCUAUCAUGUACCUGACGAAAAAGGUCGACUCGAAAACAAGGGACGUAAAAGUUCUACAACCAACACUUGCAACACAAAAUGCAAGGAUUACUGAGGCAUCUUCUCUAUAUGAAAUUGACAGAGCAACACAAGAGGUGACCAAUAUGAUAGUGGAAGCUCAAUCCCAGGCUAUGGGAGGCCCGCUCAGUGGUGUGUCUCUUGGGCCUGGAUUACCAACUAUUGAUAUUUCAAGGCCCGUUGGUUUACCUGAGCUACGUAGGUUAAGACGAACCUUUAUAAAAUUAACUGGGCAAUCAAGCUUGAGUGGCCCACCACCACCUUCAGAUGCUGAUAGUGCAAAGAGGAUGUUCGUUGAUUACUUGAACAGGGAAUUAGGAACCUGUUAAAUUAAGAUGCGUGGCAAAUCUUGGAAUUCCAGGGGAAUCCCCCACAUCAUAUAUUAUUUAGUGUUUGGUACACUUUCAAGCAAUGUCCUCUACACGGAUGCGAGAAAACGACGCGUCAACUUUUCGUGCAGUUUGUUAUAGCUCAAUAUUAUUUAUUGAGUGACUCACUUAGUGGUGUUUUAUGAAUUGAUUCGACCUUUUAAUGCGUUAAGGUUUGCUAAUGUUAAGGUUUGUUCUUGUUUUCUGAAACCUUGUCGAUGUUAUGUUAAAAUUUAACAUUGACCUUCUGUACUUGACUUUUUAUAAUUGACAAGCCAAUAACAUUCGAGCUCAA